CUCCCACUUCUGCUAAGAGGGACUUGAAAGCCAGCAACAUAUUUUAUGACGAACUAGCAUUUUUGUAUAAAAGUGUCUCUUUUCACUGCUUCAUCAGUAUGUAACCCAAGGGUAUUUAUUCGGGGAUAGUUUUCUGUUUCACGCUCUACCGUGUUGAAAGCCAGGCCAGAGACCAACAUGGAUGUGUGACCAGCUCAAACAGAGAGAGGAGAAAGCAAGAAAGAGGCUUCCUAUCACUUGUUGCAGCCCAGCAACUGGAGCUUAGGGAAGGAAAGCUAACAAGCAAACAAGUUGUGUCAUGAUGUCGGAUCCACAGGGGAAAGGAGCUCCAAGUGAAGAGGGAAACAUACCAGACGCCACAGCAGGACACAUGUCCAGCAGUACUCAACAGGUACCAGUUGGGGCAUCUGUGUCUUCCCCUGUGGCCUCCAUACAGCCUCCUGCUACCACACCAACAGAGGAUGAGGAUGAGAGUGAAGAUGAGUCAGAGAUCCUGGAGGAGAGUCCCUGUGGUCGCUGGCAGAAGCGCAGAGAGGAGGUGAAUCAGCGUAAUGUCCCAGGGAUAGAUGCUGCAUACCUGGCCAUGGACACAGAGGAAGGAGUAGAGGUAGUGUGGAAUGAAGUCAUGAUCUCAGAGAGGAAAAACUUCAAGCAGCUGGAGGAGAAAGUGAAGGCAGUAUUUGAUAACCUGAUCCAUUUGGAACAUGCAAAUAUUGUCAAGUUUCACAAAUACUGGGCCGACACAAAGGACAACCGGGCUAGGGUGAUUUUCAUAACUGAAUAUAUGUCAUCAGGAAGCUUGAAGCAGUUUCUAAAGAAGACAAAGAAGAAUCACAAAACCAUGAAUGAAAAGGCUUGGAAGAGAUGGUGCACACAGAUCCUGUCUGCUCUCAGUUAUCUCCAUUCUUGUGACCCUCCCAUCCUCCAUGGCAACCUGACCUGUGACACAAUCUUCAUCCAACACAACGGGCUCAUCAAGAUCGGAUCAGUUGCCCCAGACACCAUCAACAACCAUGUGAAGACGUGUCAUGAGGAACAGAAGAACAUGCACUUCUUUGCCCCUGAAUAUGGAGCUGUUGAUGAUGUCACCACGGCUGUAGACAUCUACUCAUUUGGCAUGUGUGCCUUAGAGAUGGCGCUCUUGGAAAUCCAGGGGAAUGGAGAGUCCUCUUAUGUUUCUCAGGAGGCCAUCAACAAUGCCAUACAGUUACUGGAGGACCCACUGCAGAGGGAGUUAAUCCAGAAGUGCCUCGAAUGUGAUCCCAGUACAAGACCUACAGCCCGAGAGCUGCUGUUUAACCAGGCCCUGUUUGAAGUACCGCUGCUAAAACUGCUGGCUGCACAUUGUAUUGUCAGCCACCAACACAUGAUUCCUGAGAAUGCCCUGGAGGAGAUGACCAAGAACAUGGACCCCAACCUGGUCAUCGCUGAGAUGACAGAGGACGUUCAGCUCAGGCUUUCACAGUUUCCUGCCUUGGAGCUUGAUAAAUUCCUGGAGGAUGUGAGGAAUGGUAUUUAUCCCAUGACGGCGUUCGGGCUGCCCUGUCCUCAGCAGCCUCAACAGGAGACUGUUAAAUCUCCCAUUGUCGUCCCCUUGGUCAAAUCCCCCACCCCUGAACCUGCAGAACUCGAGACACGGCGGGUCAUUCAUAUGCAGUGUAACUUUGAACCUGUCGAGGAGGGAGCAAAGUACCAUCUAACAUUACUGCUGAAACUGGAGGAUAAACUGAAUAGACAUCUAAGCUGUGACAUGUUACCUCAUGAGAAUUUUCAAGAGUUGGCUGAAGAGUUGGUGGAGCUGAACUUAAUCAGUGAGGUGGACCAAAACAAAAUAGCCUCUCUACUAGAAGAAGCAUUCAGCCAAGCUCUUCACUAGCGACAGUUUACUCGACCAUGUUACUGUCUCCUCAUAAGUACACUCUCUUAACCCACUUACAUGUCUUUUUUGGUUACUCAACACAGUGAUUGUAUUCAGUGUUUUUUUAUGUCUUUUCUAUUUAGCCUUAGGUGGUAAUGUGACCAAAAGGGUGGGUAUUUCUUUUGCAUUAGGGAUUAAAACUUCCUAAAAGCACACAAUCUUUACCAUAAAGCCAAUUUUAGAGUCCAGGUGACUCCAAAGAAGCCACCUGGAGUGAUUUCAUAUUUUUAUUUAGUAAGUCAAAACAUACAUACACACACAUACAUAUAUAUAUAUAUAUAUAUAUAUAUAUAUAUAUAUAUAUAUAUAUACAUAUAAAUAUGUGUGUGUGUGUGUGUGUGUGUGUGUGUGUGUGUGUAAUUCUUUUGAAUGAGUUGGCUACUAAGUUGGCUGUUAAGUUUAAUUAAAAGGUAGACCUCAUUAAUGCUGCGACACUUGAUAACAACAGUACUGACUAGAUUACUUGCAGCUUUAUGUUGAAACCCAAUUUUUCAUAAGCACACAGUUUUAUUUAGUGUGAGGUGUUUACACUAUGAAUUGCCUGGCCUGUUUCUGUCAGGAUGAGUCUAAAACAUAAUCAAGACUGAUUCAGGCCCUCACUGGAGUCACACCACAUGCUAACUCAUCUCUCGCUACUGUUAUACUUUUAAAUUUUGAUGGUCGGAUCUACACCUCUUGACCACCAGCAUAACUUUAGCUACCCUAGAGAUGAAAGGAUACAUUUCUACCAAAAGAAGAUAUUUCUAAAUAAGCCAAGCCAUUCUUUCUGGAUCCUCAUUUCACAUGGUUCCCCCUCUCAUUUGGCUCCCAUUUGUACAACACAAUCCCUGCUCUUUGUGAUGUUUGGACCAACCUGUCACUUAUCAGGUUAAAUAUAUGUAAUAGUUUGAAAACUGGACGGCAUAGAGGCAACUUUCUCAGUUGACUUUAUUAUACACCAAUACCCAUGAGUAAUAACUUUGUGCACCACUGCGCAUCACAUUUUGGCCGGGCAUCAUGCCAAUUCUCUCUGGAAAAAUGGAUACCUGGUUACUUCGAGGUACUGUGAACAGAAGUGUUACUGAAUUUCCGUUAGCGUGUUUAUUUUAUUUUGCUCAACUCUUUGCCUUAGUCUGAGCCUACGCACAUGCCUUAAGGUCCUCUUUUCUCAGUUUGUUUUUAUUAUUUUAUUCAUUGUUUUACCAUUUGCUGCUUGUUGGGUUCACACAUGCUACUCUGCCUUUAAAAUCCAUUCAUGUGAGACUUGUGUACUGAACUCGGCUGCCAUAUGCUGUAGGAAGAGGACAUUUUCCUGAUACAUCCGUGUGAGAGCGUCAUAUGUGUUAUUUAUGUCACAUAUACUGUAUAUCGUGUUUGACUUUACCUUUUGUUUACUGUGAUUUCACACACAGACCACAUUGUUGAGAGUCUGAGCCAAUACACAACUUUUCUUGUUUCUAUCGCUGUUGUUUUCAUUUGAUUACUAUUUAAUAAAACUGGGACCUAGUGGUUUGACAUUAUCCUUCACAGAGUACAGAGGCACGAGACUAAAUUUGACAUCAUACAAGUCUUGUUAAGACAUGUAUUGAGAUCAGGGAGUUGCCUGUGGCCUCUUUGGGACAUUUUGGCUCAGAACUCUUUGUGGACCUUUGGUACUACUGUGUCUGAAAUCUCAUACAGUAUCAAUACAAGGAAAUUCUCAGAUAACAAAAAACAGUUAAGAUCAUAACUAUACAAUACAAUACCUUACCUUUUUCUGGCAUUUUAUUAAGAAUAUAAUUGAUGUGUCUUAUAUUCAUGGUGCCAGUUAAAUUGAACUACUGUAUGAGCUUCAGACAGAGCUUUCCUCUGAUGCUGGUUGUUGAGUUAUAUUAUUAAACUGCUCACCUCACUAGUGAGAUCAUAUUUAAUCCCAUGAUCUCCACUCGUAUAUCUCUGAAGUAUUUUUUAAAAAAGGUAUUCAGGCUACUUUUGUGCUCCAGUCAGCAUUUUGCUAUACAUCACGUGUGUAGUCCUUCUUAAUGCAUUGUUUACUUUAUUUUCCUCUUUUUGUAUGUCUAUUUGUGACCUGCUAAGAUUGUAUAUUCCAAAGAUGUGUUUUUAAAGUCAGCCAGGAGAAUGUAAGUGCACCACUUGUUAUAUAGAAAAGUGGUAAAAAACCAACCAAUGUGAUCACCAGAGCAGCUUUAUUAUCUCUCUCUCUCUCUCUCUCUCUCUCUCUCUCUCUCUCUCUCUCUCUCUCUCUCUCUCUCUCUGUAUUCUCUUUUCCACCCAAAUUAUUGGUGGUGUUGAAACUGGUUAUUAAAUAAUCAUACAGGGUGGGCAGCUUUAGCCUGUCACUCAAGGAUGUGAGCUCUUGGUUACAUUUGGAUAUCCUUUUGUAUGACAGUCAGUAAAUGUGUGUGUCUUUUCUGAGACGUGUAUCCUGACAAAAGGUAUGACUGUUCUUUCAAAUAAAUGUGUGAAAUGAA